AUGGAGAAUUCUGGAGUCGGGAUGAGCAGAGGAGGAAGCGGAGAAGUAUUGGAGCCAUUAAGUGAAGAAAUGGCAGAUAUUGUUUAUGCAAAUAAUAAUCGAGGGUGUUGUUUUUGGAUUCCAUGUUUAGGUUCAUAUAAUCGACGAUCAGAAACUGAUAGAUUAGUCUGGUGGGAUCGUGAUAGAGAUAAUCGGACGCCUGAAAGUCAUCACAGCGAAGAUAAAUGGUGGAAGAAAGGAUGGAAUGCUAUCAUGAAAGUAAGAGAAUGGUCUGAAAUAAUGGCAGGUCCCAAAUGGAAAACUUUUAUACGCCGAUUUAAUAAGAACGGGAAUAACAAUAAAUCGGGGAAAUUCCAGUAUGAUCCGCUGAGUUAUGCACUUAAUUUUGAUGAAGGUCCAGGGCAAAGUGGUCAAUCAGAUGAAGAUUAUGCUUACCGUGAUUUCUCUUCGAGGUAUGCCGCCAUUCCUAUCUCUGCUAAAUCGUCAAUGGAUCUCGGUAAAGAUGGACCAUCUUUUGUUUGA